AUGGACGACGAUCGGAGAACUCAACAACUAAACGCUAGGCGGACAACACUGCUCGCUUCGAUUCAUCGCACCAAUUCGUUCCUGCAAGAAUACGUGCCGGAACGGGAUUCCUUCGAGGUUGCUCUGCGGCUGGAAAAUUUGGAAGUGCUGUGGCAAGGACUAGAGGAGGUCCAAAGUGAGCUGGAAAUACUGGAGAUAACGAAUGGCGCGAUGGUAAGAAACCUACAGUUUCGAUCCGACUUCGAACCCAAACUUUUCAGAAUAAAAGCUGGCCUAAUUUCCAAAAUACCUGCUUCUCCUUCUGCGGCGCAUCUCCCUCAAAAUCCUCCCACUCUUUCGCACUCUGGUUUGGCUGGUCUCAAGCUUCCGACUAUUUCUCUUCCCGAAUUCGCUGGUGAUUACCAAGAUUGGCUCGCAUUUCACGAUACUUUUUUAGCGCUAAUCCACUCUAAUCAAGAAGUGGCUGAUAUUCAAAAAUUUCACUACUUGCGUGCUGCUGUGAAGGGUGACGCUGCACAGGUAAUUGAAUCGAUUUCCAUUAGCUCUGCUAACUAUCGGCUAGCCUGGGAGGCCCUUGUUUCUCGCUAUUCAAAUGAGUAUUUGUUGAAGAAACGUCAUCUGCAGGCUUCAUUAGAAACACCAAGAAUGGCGGAGGAGUCCGCUACGGCGCUACAUGGACUGGUGGAUGAAUUUGAGAGGCACACUAAGGUACUGAGACAACUGGGAGAACCAACCGAUGCAUGGAGCACAAUGCUGGAGCAUCUGCUAUGCACCAGACUUCACAAUGAAACGCUCAGAUUAUGGGAGGACCAUGCGUCUACGCUACCAGACCCUACGUACACGAACCUCAUCGAAUUUUUGCAACGUCGAAUUAGAGUGCUGGAAUCCAUUUCGGUGAACUGUGAUGCUGUUCAAUCCAUUUCAGGUUCACAUACUGCUCCAAUGGUUAAGCAUGGGCCUUCCGAUAAAAAUGGAAAAUCAUCGCAUCUGAAAAUGGUCGCACAUGCCGUUACGGAACCUUCCCCGAAGAAAUCAAAUGUGGGAGGUCGGACAGGCAUUCAGUGGCGAGAACUGAAGAAGUUGCCUCUUCAGGAAAGAUUGAAUCACGUUAAUCAAAAGCUUUUAUGCUUUAACUGCUUGCGUAGUGACCACUACGUGAGCAAUUGUCCCAUCCAAAAUAGCUGUCGGAUUUGUCAAAAGCGACAUAACACCGUACUACACCCGGGUUACUUGGAAGGCAUCCGGAAAGAUACUGCGGUAUCAGGAGGUACAAGGCCUCUACCCACUGCUCAAACAAAUGUGACCACUACGCAGAAGCAACCGGAGUUGAAUACGGCAACUGUCGAAACCUACCUGGCUGCAGCUUCAACGCAAUCUCAUCGGUCUGGUAAUGUGUUUAAGCUUACCGUUAUUCUUGUCAUCGUCGAUGCAUACGGGCAACAUCACUUUGCUAGGGCACUGUUGGAUUCUGCAUCCCAGCCCAAUCUGCUCACUGAGCGCAUGGCGCAACUUCUCAAGCUUAAACGUAAAAGGGUGAAGGUGCAACUUCAAGGUCCUGGCGGAAUAGGCAUUCGCGCCAAGGACACGGUCACAACACAAAUUCGUUCACGCAAGGAAUCUUUUGCUCUUGAUGUUGAGUUUCUCAUUCUACCUCAGCUUACUGCUGACUUACCUGAGAGGAAUAUAUCCAUUGCUGACUGGAAUAUUCCCAAGGAUCUUUUCUUGGCUGAUCCUACCUUUAACGAACGAGGUCCAAUCGACAUGAUUAUUGGCUUACCACACUUCUUUGACUGUUUUAGAUCACCAGCACGAAUUCGCAUUGCAAGGGACCUUCCCGAGAUGGUGGACAGUGUCUUUGGAUGGAUUGUGGCUGGAUCUGGUUUGGAACGGUUCUGGAAAGUGGAGGAAUUGCCUUCGCGCGAUGAUUACUCGGCGGAGGAACGCGAAUGUGAAAAUUUAUACACGUCGACCGUGGCAAGAGAUCGCAGUGGGCGCUACAUAGUUCGUCUACCACGGCAUCCUGAUUUCCAUAGCAUGUUGGGCGAAUCCAAGGCUGCUGCACUGCGAAGAUUUAGGCUGUUGGAGCAGAGAUUAGAACGAGAAGCGGAAAUGAAGGAGGAGUACCAUCGAUUCAUGCGUGAGUACAUUUCACUUGGUCAUAUGCGAUUGCUCGGUAUGAACCAGCACUCCUCCGGUAAUUUUUAUCUUCCUCACCACCCCGUCGUAAAGGAAUCCAGCACCACGACAAAGGUGCGUGUAGUCUUCGAUGGUUCUGCAAAAUCAUCUACUGGAGUAUCGUUGAACGAGGCACUUCUCACUGGACCGGUUGUCCAGGACGACUUACUGUCGAUUGUCCUCAGAUUUCGGAAAUUUCCUGUGGCACUAGUGGCUGACAUCGAGAAAAUGUACCGGCAAGUUCUAAUUCACCCUGAAGAUACACCUUACCAACGCAUCCUGUGUCGAUUUAACGAGUCUGACCCAAUACAAACCUACGCGUUACUAACCGUCACUUACGGUUUAGCGCCAUCUUCUUUCCUGGCUACGAGAACACUCCAGCAGCUGGCCGACGACGAAGGGACUGCGUACCCGCUGGCUGAUCCUAUAUUACGCAAGAAUUUUUAUGUAGAUGAUUGCCUCGGAGGCGCGCAAUCAGUUGAUGAAGCCUUGCAGCUGCGACACGAAUUGACCGAACUGUUGAGCAAAGGCGGACUUACCUUACGAAAGUGGACAUCGAACAAAAUAGAGGUACUGCAGGGGCUGUCAUCAGAACAAAUUGGAACGCAAUCAUCAUUUGUAUUUGCACCGCAGGAAUCUGUAAAGGCUCUGGGGAUCGGCUGGGAGCCUGAGACAGAUGAGCUUCGAUUCGAAUCGAAAAUUUCUGGCAGGAAGGCGCCAGAAACUAAAAGAUCAAUUUUAUCUUCCAUUUCGCAGCUUUUCGAUCCGCUAGGACUAAUUGCCCCUGUGGUCAUUCGGAGUAAAAUGUUUAUGCAGGAGUUGUGGUUGGCCCACUGCGAUUGGGAUCAACCUGUGCCGAACGCUAUACAAGAAAAAUGGAAAACCUAUCAUCGUGACCUAGCCGGCAUAGCAGAAUACCGCAUCGACCGUUAUGCAUUUCUACCCAAUGCGAAAGUUCAGCUACACACCUUUUCGAAUGCAUCUGAAAGUGCCUACGGAGCUUGUGUUUACGCGCGAUCUACAGACACGCAUGACAACGUAAGGGUCAAAUUAUUAGCGUCUAAAUCACGAGUCGCACCAUUAGAUAGAAUCACACUCCCCAGGCUCGAGUUGUGUGCAGCAGAAAUUGCAUCGCAGCUGUAUGCACACGUUAAAACCGCUCUGCAACUGGAAAUUUCGGAUGCCCGCUUUUGGUCGGAUUCUACCGUCACGCUUCAGUGGUUGCAAGCGCCACCUCGUACAUGGAAGACGUUUGUUGCCAACCGGGUAUCUAAGAUACAAACCCUGACACACGGCUAUCGAUGGACUCAUAUACCAGGGAAGGACAAUCCCGCUGACUUGGUUUCCCGAGGAAUGGCAGUUGGCGAAUUUGUAUCGAGUGAGUUGUGGAAGUAUGGACCAACUUGGCUUCGGUUACCUGAAGAAAAUGGCCUGCACCUCUCCCGCUGCAUGCACCAGUCGACAACAUCGAAGCCCGGAAGACCAGGUACCAGCCAGCUUUUGUCUGUAACGCAAUUAGAAGAAGCAAAAGUGCGAUUAAUCCAGAUUGCCCAAGCAGAUGAAUUCAGCCAGGAGAUUAAAGAACUUCAAGCGCAAAAACCGCUACAUAAACAAUCGCAGAUUCGUGCACUUAAUCCUUUCAUAGACCAGCAAGGAACUAUCACACAAAUAAGGAACAAGGAACUAUCACGGCCACAAAUUCUACCAUCUGAAACUGCUACACGGUGGUGGCCAACUAACACUUGCCGCCAUGCGCGAAACAUAUUGGCCAGUUCGAGGCAAACGACUUGUGAGAAGUGUGAUUAG